AUGCAGGAGAAAUUGGUGCCUUUAAUCGUGCUCGGUGGAGGUGGUCACACACAGGAAAUAAUUGAAGUCAUGAAAAAAGGACCUGAAUUCUUGAAUGUUUCACUCAUUUGCUCACCUUGUGAUCACCUCUCAGAAAGACACUUUAUUAAUGAAAUAUCCCCAAUGAAGUACUCCCUGUAUACAGUGCCCAGACCAAAUACGGUACUUGCUGCAUACUCCCUGUUACAAAUCAUACAUUCCCUUGUGAUGGCCUUUUUAAUAGUAUUCCGUGCUAAGAGUGACUUUCUGAUAUGCAAUGGUCCUGGGAUAUCUGCACCCAUUGCGGUUGCGUAUAGAAUCCUGUUCCCAUUCCGUAGAAUAUUUUACAUUGAAAGUAUGACCAGGACUAAAUCACUCUCCACCACGGGAAGGAUAGUUCAGUAUAUUGCAAGUACAUUUAUAGUGCAAAGUAAGGAAUUAUCCAGUGCCGUAUACCCAUACAGAACGUAUCAUAACAUAUUUACUAUAAAAUGCAUAACCCGAUAUAACCCGAAUUAUACUUAUAAUAAACACAGUGAUACGGCCAUCACCGUAUAAGUGCACGUAUCUAAGACUGAUCUAUAAAUACACCUGUACAUACGGUGAUAUAACCAAAAUAUAAGGCAGGGAUCUAAUAAUCAACGGAAGUAUAACCAUAAGGACUAUAAUAGUACUAGUAUAACCAUAAGGACUAUAUGUCCGUAUGGGCACAGACUGCUUCAUAAUACAAUAAAUACCGUAUCCCA